GAGAAGAGACAAGAAGACACAGAACAAGUAGCCACUCUCUCAUCUCACCACCCCUCUUUCUCUCUACUUGCUCUCUAUCUCUCUCUGUGUCUCUCCACUUUCUCUUCUUCUUCUUCUUCUUCUUCUUCUUGCUCUAGAGAUCUCUCUAUCUCCAUUCUUUUCUCUCUCUGUUUCUAGAAAGACAACAGUGACAUUUUGUCUGAACGCAUCUAUGGCUGCUCUGGUGCUUUCACUUCUCCUUCUAUCCUUGGCUGGACAUUCUAGUGCCUCAUGGUGUGUGUGUAAGACAGGGCUGAGUGAUACAGUGCUACAGGCAACCCUAGACUAUGCUUGUGGAAAUGGAGCAGAUUGUAAUCCUACUAAACCAAAACAAUCUUGCUUCAACCCUGACAAUGUUAGGUCUCAUUGCAACUAUGCAGUCAAUAGCUUCUUCCAAAAGAAGGGUCAAUCUCCUGGCUCUUGUAAUUUCGAUGGAACUGCCACUCCCACUAACUCCGAUCCCAGUUAUACAGGUUGUGCCUUUCCUACUAGUGCCAGUGGCUCUAGCGGCAGCACAACUGUGACACCUGGCACAACCAAUCCAAAAGGCAGCCCAACGACCACCACACUUCCUGGUAGUGGUACCAACAGUCCUUAUUCAGGGAACCCAACCAAUGGAGUUUUUGGGGGAAAUAGCACAGGAGGCACCACUGGGACAGGGAUUAACCCGGAUUACACGACAGACAGCAGCGCGUUUGCUCUCAAGAACUCAAGCAAAUUGUUCAUCUGCCUUCUCUUGAUCGCUUCGAGUGGAUUCUGCUCUUUCCUGAUGCUCUAAGGAUGUUAAUGGUCUCUGGUUCUGUGGGUGCACUUAGUUAUCGUUUCGAGGACAUUUUGGUCUAGUUUAGUGGUAAUCUCUGUCUCUGUGUUAUGGGUCUAUGUUAUGUUUUUGUUUGUAAGAAGAUUUCAGCUCUUGCAGUUACUCUUAAUUACCUCUUUGACUGUUCUGGUAGAUUUGAUGCCAGUGAAAAAAAAUCUUAAUAUAUAAUUACAUUAUCUCGUCUCCGGUUAAUAUACCAAGACUCAAUUUUUUUUUUCAAAAA